UUUUACAGGAAAGGAUUUCUGCUUGGAAAUUGAAUGGCUACUGGGAAAAUGAACAUUAGUGUUGAUUUGAAAACUAACUCUGCUGAACUGGUUUUAGGUGUGGGAGGAGUCACUCUUGGGGAGAAGAAUAGGAAAAAAAUGAAAGAUUGUCAACUUAGAAAAAAGCAGAAUGAAAACAUCUUACAAGCUAUGAUUGCUUUGCUGAAUUCUGGAGGGGGAGUGAUCAAGGCUAAAAUUGAGAAUGAAAACUAUAGUUACCCAAAAGAUGGAAUAGGGUUAGAUUUGGAAAGUUCUGUUGGAAAUAUUCUUCCAUCUGUUCAUAAAUACCUAGACUUUAUGCAGCAAGGUGAAUAUUUUCUAAUUUUUGUCAAAUCAUGGAGCUCAAAAACCUCUGGUUUACGAAUUGUCACCUUGAGGUCCAAUUUGUACAAAAGGGAUGUAACAUGUACAAAUAUCAUGGAUGCCACUGCUACAUCGGAGUUCCUCAGAGACAAGAACAAAACUAAGGGGAGAUUGUAUAGAUCUAAAUUGUCUCCAAAGCACAAUGCACAAGUAGAGAGUAACGUGAAGGCCUUGACUGAUGACUUUUUUAACAGGACCCAACUUAGGUACAGAGAAAAAAUCCCCUUUGCUGAAUCCACACAUGUUGAAAUGAAAGCCUUCUCAACAGAAAAGUUGUUACAACGCAUUAAAGAGAUUCUCCCUCAAUAUUUUUCUGCAUUUUCAAAUACUGAUGGAGGAUAUUUGUUUAUUGGUUUAAAUGGGGAUGAAGUAAUUGGCUUUAAAAGAGAAGUGAGUGAUCUUAACAAGUUAGUUUCAGAAAUAGAAAAAUCCAUUAAAAAGUUGCCUGUCUAUCACUUCUGUAAGGAGAAGAAGGAGAUAACUUACUCAUGCAAAUUCCUUGAAGUAUAUAAUGAAGGCCAUCCUUGUGGAUAUGUCUGUGCCCUCAAAAUAGAGCCAUUCUGCUGUGCAGUGUUUGCUAAAGAGCCAGAAUCCUGGCGUGUGAAAGACAACGAUGUGCAUAAGUUUACCAUAAAGGAAUGGAUUUCCAACAUACUGCCUUGCCACCAGGAAAGAGAUAUUCUGGAAGCCCUCUGCAAGAAACUGUUCUCACAACACAAAGGACUUGCACAAUUAACAUGUAAAGAAAUGGGCUCUGUUGGUCCAGGGACAUUGAUAUUUUCUAGGACCUGGUCUUUGCAUCUGGGCUUGCAAAAGAACCAGAAUGUAAUCUGUGGUGCUCUUCUAAUUGCCCAGGGCUAUCCACUAGUCCUACAUACCUUCUUCAGGGUACUAAAUAAAGAGUUAACAGGCUACUCUUUGCAAGCUGCCUUCACUUUAAAGCAUGAACUGGUAAAAAUGGGUGGUUACACUGGGAAGGUGUCGUGCCAAAGAUCUUCUACUUGAGUGAAGAGCUUUCCAUAUUGACUGAAGACAAUGCAAGUUCUUUUCACUGAUAUAAGCGCCCAGAUAUUUUAUCCCGAAUCCCACAAUCUUGAAACCACCCAAACAGUAAGAGACUUGAAUCAGGCCCUUUAUACAGUCCUGAUGACAUUUUUUGAGAGACCAGUUUACUUCUGA